UGCAAAUAUACGAAGUGAACUGUUAGGACUUCCCACAGCUCCUCUUACCUCUUUGUUGUCUCUCUGACACAGAUGUUCUUGAGCCUGUUGCACUGAUUCUGGAUGAUCUCCUUGGCCUGCUGCUGCUGCAUUUUCCCCAAAAAACGGGACAAAUUGUGUCCCAGGAGAGACUUUUUUUUUCCUGGGACAGCUGAUGAAAAAAGAGAACAAUUCUGAGAAAAACGGGACGGGUGGCAACUCUAGCGCAUGUCCAGCUUGACCUUCUCCGCAAAAGUUGGUGGAAUCCAUUCUUACCAAGAAACCUGGUGGGGAACACAUAAUAACUGAAUAUAAUCGAAGCAAGUCCCUGACAGAUGAAACCAGAAGGAAAUGGUGAACAUACUGGCAGCUGACAUGACAGAGAAGAAUGGUACAUCACCACCCAGACAGGUGAAAGAAAUGUAUGCCAGAGGAAUUGUGAGCUUAUUCCCCUACCUCAGUGAUCCAUUCUCCAGGACCGGUUAUGAGCAUUAUUAUGAUGGCGAGAGUGGCACUGGGUACUUGGCCUGGAGGAUUAAAACUCUUCAGAGAUCCACUGCUAGAGACAGACGAUCAUCAUAUGGAGCAUCAUCUGAAGGAGCAUCUCAUGAAGAUGGGCUUGGAGGACCAGCUGCCAGACGAGAGCCCCGGUUUGGUCCAGAGACUGUUCUGAGUGAAGAUGAGUAUAAGGAAGCCAUCGCACUGAUUAAACAUUCAGCUGAUGAGGACACAAUCAAGAAGAAGAUGAAGUUGACAUUUGACUUCCGCCGCAACAUGGUCCUUGACCCACAGCAGUCAAGCAACGUACUAUCUGUCUUUCCACGUUUCAAAGACGUCAAAGGCUUGGUGGAACAGGAUUUUGUUCUGAUGUUUGGGGAGGAUGUCUCUGGCAAGUUUCUGGAGAAAUGGGCGACCACAUUCAAGAAAAAGAUCAUCCAACAAUGCAGAAAGCUUCCAUACACCAGUGAGCUUGAUGAUCUCCUCCUGGCAGCUGAUACUCCUUAGGAUGGCACUGAAGUGGAUGACGACAUUGUGACCUCUCAUUGAUUUUGCUGCUGUCACACCUGAAUCCCCCUUCUGCCCAGGGUCAUAAGAGACCAGGAAAGGUGUCUGCUUCCUAAGCAGAGAAGCAUCUCGUGGUCUUCAAGAAGGUUUGUAUUUGUUCCUAAUUUAUUUUAAUGUUUUAUUUGAGGAUGUUUCACUGAGGGAGCCUUGGUUUUGUUAGUCUCGCCACCAGACAAUCAGAGAUCUCCA